UGGCUGCGCGCGCGCCCCGUUCCCCCUCCCCGCCGCGCGCGCGCGGCUACCGCCUGCCGGGGGCGGGGCGAGCGAGGCGCCGGGAUCGGUUCUGUCUGGCCGUCACUGCCGAGCCCCGGUAGCACAGAUCCCCCAUGCCUGAGGAUCAGAUGUCGUGAACGGUUUCUGGGCUGAGCCUGUUUUUCAGUGCAUCAGGAAGUGUGGAGCACCAAGUGUCCAGCAUGUCCGACUGGGUGCUCCUUGGGCUGAUUGCAGCACUGGUUGUGCUGCUGUUGCUGACCAUCUUCGGUUUUGUUGUCUACUCGGGGCUCUUCACGGAGGUGGUUGUGAGUGCUGGCUCCCCACCUGUUGGCAACAUCACGCUGGCCUACAAGUUCAGGGUGGGCCCGUAUGGCGAAUCUGGGCAGCUCUUCACAGACGGCUGCAGCAUCUCUUCAAAACUCUGCUCCAUCGGCGUCUACUACGACAACCCUCACACGGUGCCUCCAGAGAAGUGCCGCUUCGCCAUAGGCCGAAUCCUGAGCGAGGGAGACACAAAGCCACCAGAAGAGCAGAUCAAGCGGUUCCAGAAGUAUGGCUUCAAGAUCUUCUCCUUCCCUGCUCCCAGCCACGUGGUCAUGGCGACCUUCCCAUUCACUACACCAUUGUCAAUCCAUCUAGCAGUCAACCGUGUCCACCCAGCCCUUGAUACCUACAUCAAGGAGAGGAAGCUGUGCGCGCACCCCCGGAUCGAGAUCUACAAGGAGGACCGCAUCUACUUUGUGUGUCCCCUCGCCCGCCAAGGGGACUUCUACGUGCCUGAAAUGAAAGAAUUAGAGAGGAAGAGCAGGGCUGCCGCAGCUGAGGCCGAGGAUGCCCAGACAGACAUCACAGGGGCUGACACCAUGAGUGAGACAAGCUCCAUCAGCAUAGAGGCCACAACCGACAGCAGAGACACCUCGGUGGCCACCUCCAUCCUGCUGCCCUUCCCAGCCAGCCGUGGCCGGGAGGAGGUAGACAACCGCAGUGAGCACAGCUACAGCGAGUCGGGAGCCAGCGGCUCCUCCUUUGAGGAGCUGGACCUGGAGGUCACUGGGGACGGGGAGGGAGCCCCAGGCCUGCUGCCUGACAUGGGCUACAUGGGCAACCAGGAAGUCACAGACAAGUGGACCAAGGAGCCCACUGCUGCCGAGAGAGGAGAAGAGUGAAACGGAGACCUGGCUGCCUCGCCUCCCACUGUGGUCUGAGUCACUGGGAACCAGUUGCCUUUCCCACCUCCCUCCUCUCCAGUCAAGAGAUUUCAGUUGCUGAAUCCCCCCGGGACCUCCUCUCGCUCUCUGCAGAAAGGGUGUUUGACUUUCAGGGACGCCGGGAGGCGAGGGGGUCUCCUGCAGUGCUCGGCGGUGCAGGGUAGGUGCAGGCUGGCAGGGGGCAGCAAAAUGCUUUUGCCAUUUGUGUGUCUGUAGGUGCAUCGCAAAUUCCUUGCAUGCAUCUCAGGGGGGUGGUGGUGGAUGGCAGAGGUGUCCCCCCUCGUCUCUGCUGGGGGCCCUCUCACACACAGCUUCUCUCUGCCGCACCUUCGCGUGUUUUCUAGCACCAAAGAGCCAUAAGUAGGGUUGGUUGGGUUUGUUCCCCUCUUCCCUUCCCCUUGCUAAAAAAUGGAAACAUCCCAUGUGAACCUGGUCCGUGCACUGCCACAUGCACUUCUGGGGUCUAAUAAAGUGGACGCUUUUCCUCA